AUGGCGACAAGACGUAGAAUUGGAAUCAGCGCCGCAACUACGGAGGCUGCGCGGAGACAGCUUAUGCAGCCUGUACCAUGUUGGGGAAAGGUUUGGGUAACGCCUGAAAACCUGCCGCCUGGUUCGACUUUGAAAGUGUUUAAAUGGGUGAAGACGGAGAAGAUCCAGCAAUUCAGUGAUGAUGAAGGAGACGUGGAUGAGCCGCUUGCCCCGUUGCCAGAUGAACCGGAAGUCGUUGAAGGAGAUGAGGAGAUGGAUCAAGACGAGCCCGCGCAGUCAGUUCCGCCAGGUGCAACGUCGCGCGACCUGUCUGAACCGGUGAUACCGAAAGAUGAACCUCAGUCGAAAAUAUCAACUCCCAAACCGCAUCCACUCUCCGUAUCCUUUCAACCCUCCAUGUCGACCGAAGCCGCUGACGACGUGCUGGACGAAUCCCUCAAAGCAUUGGACGACAGCAUUGCCAACGUCAGUAGUGUCACCGACACGCUCGAUCCGGACGCUCUGGUCAAUAUGGAUUUGUCGCAGUUAGGGCCCGACGGGACUGCAUUCGAGGCUGAGCACGAUUUGACGCAGAUGGAAGCGACGGAUGCCAUUUUGGGAGGAGAAUUAUUGGACCAAUCCAUUGACCCCUUCGCGGAGACGUCAACAUAG